CCCCGCGCGGCCUCGGCUUCCGGUUCCGGCCCAGCGGAGGAGCGGCGGCGGCGGCGGGGCUGUGGCUAUGGCGCCGCGGCGGCUGUGAGCAGGCUAUGGCGGCCCCGCACACCGAGAAGCUGGAGGGAGGCGUCCCGGCCCCGCCGCCCCCGCCGGGGCCCCCGCACCCCGCGGGAAGCGCCGCCACCGGCGGGCCCGGCCGAAAGCAGGGGAAGGCAGGUGAGCGGGGGCGGCCGCGCCGGUGGGAGCGGGGAAGGGGGACGCACACACCGACCCCGGCUGAUGCGGCCCCGCUUGUCCCCGUAGGGCUGCAGAUGAAGAGCCCCGAGAAGAAGCGGCGCAAAUCCAACACGCAGGGUCCUGCCUACUCGCACCUCUCGGAGUUCGCGCCGCCGCCCACCCCCAUGGUGGAUCAUCUGGUGGCCUCCAACCCUUUCGAAGAUGACUUCGGGGCCCCCAAGGUGGGGGCGGCCCCUGCCCCCUUCCUGGGCAGCCCGGUACCCUUCGGCGGCUUCCGCGUCCAGGGAGGGAUGUCGCCGCAGGUACCCCCCGGUUACGGCGGGGGUCCACAGCCCCUGCGGAGGCAGCCCCCUCCCUUCGCCCCCGGGCAGAUGGGGCCGGCCUUCGGGAUGCCUCCCCAGAACCCCAACUACGUCCAGCCCGGGGGCAUGAGCUUCCCCGGGCAGCCCUUCAGCCAGCCCCUCGGACAGAACUUUAGCCCCCCCACGGGGCAGCUGAUGCAGGGGCCCGUCGGGGGCUUCGGGCCCAUGAUUUCCCCGACCAUGGGGCAGCCCCCGCGGGGCGACAUGGGCCCCGGGCCGGCCCUCAACCCCCCCGGGGGGCCAGCGGUGGCUCAGCGCUUCAGCCAGCCCGGCAGCCUCUUCGGACAGUCGCCCAUGCAGCGCCCGGGGCAGAACAUGCCCCCUCUGCCCCCCACCGCCAGCCCCUUCCCCGGGGCCGACCCCGGCUUCCCUGCCAGCGGCGAAGAAGGGGGCAAGAACCUCAACGCCCCCCCCAGCACCUUCGCCCAGGAGCAGCACUCGGGCUCCCCGGCCGCCGUCAACGGGGCCCAGCCCGGCUUCGCCCCCGGCGGCGCCAGCCGCGGCGCCGGCACCCCGGAGACCAACAGCCUCCCUCCGCCCGCCCCCGGCAAGGCAGCCGGCGGCUCCGGGCACCAACCCCCCCCGGGGCUGGUGUACCCCUGCGGGGCCUGCCGCAACGAGGUGAACGACGACCAGGACGCCAUCCUCUGCGAGGCCUCCUGCCAGAAGUGGUUCCACCGGGAGUGCACCGGCAUGACGGAGAACGCCUACGGGCUGCUGACCACCGAGGCCUCGGCCGUCUGGGCCUGCGACUUCUGCCUCAAGACCAAGGAGAUCCAAUCGGUCUACGUGCGGGAGGGCAUGGGACAGCUGGUGGCUGCCAACGAUGGCUGAGCUGCCCUCCCGCCGCCGUGUACAGCCUCCCCCUCCCCACCCCCCUGCCCCCCACGCCGGUUUAGGA